GAUCCAACUCUCAGCCUUCCAGCUGGACCCUGCUGCUGCUCUGCUCACUGUGUGGGGUUUAAACCAGGACAUAAACACACCUGACAGCUGAGAGUUCUCCUUGGCUGCUGUUUAACCACAACUCUAAUAAAACCAUGAGGAUCUUCCUCUUGCUUUGCCUGCUGGCGCUAGGCAAUGCCAAACCCUACCAACCAAUCAAUGUAAUGGACUACCUGAAAAACUAUGACACAAAAAUCCAUGAAAUCAUGAUGUCGGAUUCAAAUGAUGAUGACGAUGAUGACGACGAUGAUGAUGAUGACGACGAUUACAAUGACGAGGACUGUCCAGCUCAUUGCCAUUGCUCACCCAGAGUGGUGCAGUGCUCUGACCAGGGUCUGAUAUCUGUUCCUGAUAAGAUUCCAGAAGACACAGUGAUGAUUGAUCUCCAAAACAAUGAUAUCACUGAAAUCCAGCAGGAUGACUUUAAAGACCUCAACAAGCUUUAUGGCCUGUUUCUGAUCAACAACAAGAUCUCUAAGAUUCAUCCAAAGGCCUUCAAAAACAUGGACAAUCUCAGACUGCUGUAUCUGUCCUACAACCAGCUGAUUGAGAUCCCUGCAAAUUUGCCUCCCAAUGUCAUUGAACUUCGCUUUCAUGAAAACCAGAUCGACAGAAUUCAGAAGGAUGCAUUUAAGGGCUUGAGGAAACUUCAUGUGUUGGAGCUGGGGGCCAACCCUCUGACCAACAGUGGAAUUGAGAUAGGAGCUUUUAAUGGCCUGUCGACUCUGUAUAUCGGUAUAGCGGAAGCCAAACUAACUUCCAUACCAAAAGAUUUCCCAUCCUCCAUUACAGAACUGAGUCUGGACUACAACAAGAUCUCUAAGGUGGAAAUAGAAGACUUCAUCAGAUAUAAAAACUUGCAGAGGCUAGGACUAGCUUUUAACCAGAUCAAGUAUGUAGAAAAUGGCAGCCUUGCCAACACCCCGAAAAUCCGUGAGAUCUACCUGGACAACAACCGUAUGAGAAAGGUCCCGCCUGGCCUUAGUUCCCUGCGCUACCUACAGGUAAUUUUCCUCCAUGGCAACAAAAUCAGCAGUGUGGGAAUCAACGACUUCUGUCCCAUCAGGGACGACAGCAAGAAGAACCUGUACACUGGCAUCAGUCUCUUUGCCAACCCUGUUAAAUACUGGGCCAUACAGCCGGCAACCUUUCGCUGCGUGACCGGACGGAGGGGUGUACAGCUUGGAAACUUCAGAAAGUAGUGUGGAGGGAAAUGAUAAAAUAAGGACAUAGCUGGAAAUAAUUCUGAUAGGCUAAAAACAGAUUAAACUCUCCUAUUAAAGGGUUAACCGUUAAAAAACAAACAAACUAGAAAGAUGUAUAUUUGAACCUGUAGCACACAGGGAAUGAAAGUACCAUUUACACCCUGAUGAAGAUGAAAAUGAUAACAUAAGUUAUAACACUAGGAAAUGUUUUUAGCAGCUACAAACAUCAUGAAAUAGAAGGAUGUCACAGAAUGAACAGCAUUACAAUCAAAUCUUAAAACAAGCGCCCUGCUCACCUUUGUAAGGUGCAUGAUAGGAUGUUUAGCUUUUGCCUUAUAGCUUUUAUUCUGUACACUUUCUUAGGAAUAAAGCGCCUCCCUCUGGUCACUUUUUGAGCAAAAUCACCCAAUGAUACGAGUGGUAUUACAUGCUGUACAUGUAUUGUUUAAAGAAAGGAGAUUCUUUUUUUCUUAUUAUUUUCUUUCUAAUUUUAAAACCGUAAGCAUUGUUUAAUGAGAUGUAGAGUAGAAAAGUGUUUAAGUCUUUGUAAUACUUACAAAAACUUUAUUUGUAUUAUGAAGAAGCCUUUUUUUUUCAAAUUAGAUGUUGUAAUUAUCGUAGAAGAGUCACUAGAGGCCACUAACAGGAGCUGAACAGCUACACCUAUACUGAAAUAUCUUUUUCUUCCAGCAGAAGUCUGUACGGUCAGUGGUGUUGGCAUUAUGAAGUGCACUUUGCACACAGUGAUGAAGUGUCACUUUGAAGCCCCAUGUCUGUGGAUAUUUUACAUUAUCUCAAUGCAUGUUUGUUAUGUUUUUAUUUAGAAGCUGACAGCCUAAUGUCAGACUGGAUUAUACAUUGGCCUUGAGGCAAAUACGUCCUCUGCAGGACUGGGGAUAUACUGAUUACCUGUAACUAAUGUAUAAAUUUACCCCUGUUUAAGAGAACUAUAGCAUCCAUGUGAACUACAGUUAAUUUUAAAAUAAUAAGAUAGGAGGAUUCAUAAUCUGGAUAUCUGAGAACAUCUCAUGGUCAACCAUGUCCCUGUUUCUUCCAAUGGUCUCUGAUCUGAAAUGGUGCUAUAUUUAUUGAGGAUGUCGCUAAAUAAAACUGGAACA